GAUUCAAGUGCGAUCCUCACAUCACUACUUUAGAUGGACGUCAGUACAGUUUCCAAGGCAUGUGUUGGUACACUCUUGUAAGAGAUUGCAUGAGCACAACACCUCACUUUGAAAUCACAGCCGAGUUAACACCCAGGGAAGAUAUCGAAGAAGUCAGGACAAGAGCUGUUGCCAUUAACGUUACAGUGGGAGGUGAAUGCGUUCUCGUUAACAAUGACAAUGUGGUUACUACAAGUGCUGAUAGUCUUAGCAAAAUAAACAUAGUGCACGAUGGCGAUAUGGCAAUUCUAAGUUUCAAUCUCAAGGACACGACAUUCAAGAUAUUCUGGAAUGGAAGAAAACACACCUUCAAUAUCGAAUUCACUGGUGAUUAUUAUCGUGGAAAGAUGUGUGGUCUGCUUGGUGAUGGUGAUGGUAAUACCAAAAAUGACUUCAAGAAACCUGAUGGUGUAGUUGUAAAAGAUAUUAAAGAGUUUGGUGAGAGCUGGAAAGUUGCUGGCAAAACAUGCUAAUGAUCAUUUUCAAUUGCUGACCUAUAUAAAGCUUGCAAAUCUUCGUCAACGUCUUACCAGUUUAUUCAGUUUGGGAUAUAAAAAUUUGAGUUUGGUGUUGGGCAUAGAUUUAGUAUUAUUCGUUUUUUGGCGCAAUAAAUAUAAUGUAAUAUUGGCAUAA